UUUCAUUUGUUGCUUUUAUGAAUAAUUUGAUGAAUUAACAACUUUUUUAAUUUUAAAAUGGAUAUUCCAAUUGAAAUAGAUAAACUAGAUCUUGUUUGUAGAGUAUGUCUGUGCAAAGGUGUAAAUAUGAAAUUGUUAACAAGCAAAAUGGAAAGCGACGAUAGGACAAUAGCUGAGGGUCUUUCUUUCAUAUUAAAUCUUUACAUUUCUGAAAGUGAUGAUUACGCAAAACAAGUCUGUGAGGAGUGUUACGCUGUUAUACUUAAGUUUGAUCAGUUCAAGAAGCGAUGUAUUCAGUCGGAAGGGUCUUUAGACGAUGCUUAUUAUGCCGAAAGCAAUAUUAACAUUCCAGUGAGUGAAGAUAAUAAAUCUACUAAAGAAGUGUCUAUUACUAAGUUUUGUAUGGAUGAACCUUAUCAGUGUAGUGUUUGUUCUAAGAAAUUCUCUGAUUUACUUCGCUUAGAGUCCCAUGUAUUAAAUGGUCACAGUUUUGCAAAUGACCGGCUAAUAAAAGAUGUAAAUUUAACCGAAGCCAUUACACAGGAUUCUGAUUAUCCAACAAAUACAUCUCCAUACAAUAAUAGUGGAUUAGAAAACGACAUUGAAAUAGAAUUUAAACCUAAAGAUGAGAUUAAUGAAGGUUUUGGAUUUGUAGACAGCACUGGUGAUAUACAAUGUCCAAUAUUAGAUUGUAAUGCAAAGGAUGAAGCGGAAGUCACAGAGCAAGUUACUACCUCAAAUGUAUUAUAUAAGUGUAAGUGUGAGGCUAUAUUUGACAGUUGUGAUAAAUACAAAGAACAUUUAAAUAAGAAAAUUUGUAAGGAAACUUUUAAUACUAUUAGAACAACAAGAACACGUAAGGUAAAAGAGAAAAAAAGUGAUGAAAAAGUUGAAUCAGUAUGCCCAAAAUGUAAUGUUAAAUUUAUAUCUCUGAAGAGAUAUAAAAUGCAUCUUCGUAUGCAUCAAAUUGAAAACACACAUCCUGCGGAUAAAUUUAGUUGUUCACUUUGUUUGAGAAGAUUUACUUAUAAGCAUUCAUACACUGCACAUAUGAAGACUCACAAAGUGAAAGAGGGUGUCAAGUUUAUUUGCAACACUUGUAAGAGAGAGUUUCAACACCAGGCUCAUUUGGACAACCACAUAUUGUCAGUUCACACAAGAGAAACUGGUUUCAAAUGUGAAUAUUGUGCUAAAAACUUUUCAACACAAGAAAGUCUAGAUAAUCACCGUGAAGCUCAUAAAGUGGAAAAGCGACAUCAGUGUCCUGUGUGUAACAAAGCUUUUUAUGUGUUAUCCACCUUAAAGGACCACAUUCGCACACAUACGGGAGAGAAACCUUUCUUGUGCUCUGAUUGCGGCAAGGGCUUCAGUCAGAAGAACAAUUUAACUCAGCAUAUGCGGCGGCACCAAGGGCUGAAGCUCUUCAAGUGUGAAAAUUGUGAACAGAGAUUCGUAUCAAAAGGUGAGUUGGUAGCUCAUAAUCGAAAGCACAGCGGUGCGCAUCCCUUUGUGUGUGACGAAUGUGGGAAUAGCUUUACCACAUCGAGUUCUCUGAGCAAACACCGCCGCAUCCAUACUGGGGAGAAACCCUAUGCCUGCGAUCUCUGCGACAUGAAGUUCACCGCAUCUGGAACUUUGAAGAACCAUCGGCGCAGACACACCGGUGAGAAACCUUAUCAGUGCUCACAUUGUGAAAAAGCAUUUACCCAACGUCAAGACUUAGUCUCACACAUCCGCUGCCACACAGGUGAGCGACCCUUCGUAUGUUCCACUUGUGGCCAGGCAUUCCGUAAGGCUACUGCACUCAAGACACAUCUUAAAAUGCAUGAAAAAGACACUAUAUAUCUGCAAAAAGAUGUUACUUUAUCAAUCAUACACAAUGCGAAUACAUUGAUCACAUGA